AUGUCUGAGGACAUUUUACGACAGGCUGAGCUGAGACACCAACGGAGACCGAGAUCCAGACAGAAUGAAGAAAUACUACCGCUAGAUACGGAAAAACUGAAGCUGACGAACGGACCAAAGGACAGACUCACCGCUGAUGUACACGGAUUGUCUUCAUUGCCACCAAUUAAAAACCAAGGUCAGCAGAGGUCGAAUCGUAGUUCAAGCCCAUAUACACCCUCUCAGCCCAUUGGUGGAUUAGGCUCACCUACAUAUACGCCACAUAACUACCUUGACCCAAACAAGGAGGAUGGGAUAUUAUCUCGAAGGCGCUCAAAGUCUGAAAACUACGAUGCCUCAUGCAAAGAUGAUGACAAGAUUGAAGCAUCAACUAGUGGACAUCUAGAUCGCCCGAGGACUCCGCGACGUGGCCUCGCUACACAAAUGGAUACUGUAGACGCUAAUAUGGAACAAAUGGGAAUGAAAAUCAAAGGUUGUCUGCCGUUUAUUAAGUGUAAGUUGUAUGACAAAGAACUCAAGGCUCUAGUAAAUACUUUGUCUGGAAAAUCGACCAUAAGCAAACGAACGAUGGCAGAUGAAAACAGACGAACACAAUCACGGCUGCCACCAAAGCACAUCAAGAUUGAUGACACAGAAGUUCCGGUGAAUUUUAUCAUCGAUGACGGUGCCAUUCACGACCUCGUUUUAGGUCUGGAUUUCCUGACGGAAAAUAAGUGCUCCCUCAACUUCGGUACGAAGAUGUUGGAGGUAGCCGGCGUCUCUACAAGUUUUCUUUCCGAGCACGAUCUGCCACUGAAGUUCAGAAAUUGGAAAGGGCUCGCAUCUUCAAUAUGAAAACGCAUCAAUUAAUACAUCAUUAUUGUGUGUGUUGUUGUUUUGUAAUUUUAACUUAAACUGUUUACAUUUAUUGUCAAACUGUUUAAAUCUGUUCACAGACAUAAAACAUAACAUGAGAAUCAA